UGAAGUGUAUAGAACAUUUUUAAGACAAACUCUUCAUUGACUCUGAAAAACACUUUCGUUAUAGAUGAUAUUGUGUUUGUUGAAACUCAAAAUUACAUUCUGAUAUUCCAAGGCACAACUGAGAGAAACCCCAAGCUGUGAAAUGAACACAAGAAUCAACUCACAAAUGUUUUUUCAAAUCAAAUGCUAUGUACAGUUUGAUAUUCCAAGCCACAAACAAAACUUACUUGGAUUGUUAGCCCCGCAGGAGUUGUCAACUAUUUCAAUCCGGAUUCUCUCUGUUUUGGGAGAUGCGCUUCAGGGUGCCCGCACAUUCUAUAGGUGCACUUGUCCUCUAAUGUGUGCAUUUCACUGCAAUAUAAAUCAGUAGGCAUGUCAGAAUUUCAUUUCAGGUUGGUUCGGAGUUGGGUCGGAUCUUGUCUAAUUCGGCUCAAUGUCACAAUUCAGCCUUUUAGAAAUAUUCCCAAGCAAGUGCGUAAAAUAACCCUCUCCGUUCUUAUCACAUAUUAUAUUCAAUUAACUCUCAAGCUCUUAUCCUUGGCCGACUAGGUUUGUGGUAUUUAGUUUUCUGUUUGGAUCAAAGGCAGGUAGUUCAUUGACUAUAAUAUCUCUGGCUUCCUUUGGCUUCUGCUCCUCAUUUACCUUCAUUUGCACAUUGUUAGGGUUACUUCCCUAAAAACUUUGAUCGAGACUGAGGCAUCCUUUCUCCUGCCAGCAAAAACUAAGCUGCCCUGAAGGUUUGUGCUCUGGCUGAUUAAACUACCGUUCAUUAAUUUGGGAAUUUUGUAGGAUUCCAGAUCUUGGAACUGUCAAAUCCUAUGUUUUGAGCAACAAAGAUAUGUGCGAUAAAAUACAAUUCGAGAUGCGUGCUGGAAGUAUGACGGUACUGUAGUUACUUAUUUCAGCAAUAAAUUAUUUACUAUGUAUGGUCAGGAAAAUUUUGCCCCUCAGUUUAGACAGGGUCUUCAGAUGUAUAUUCCUUCUGCUCAACAGGAUCGUCCACCUUAUACAUCAACAAGUUUCCAGACUAGCACAAUAACUUCCCAAGCUUACAUGGUUCAUCUGGGGUAUUCGUCAGUCACAAAUCAGUUGAGUCAGCCUGACUCCAAUAUAUAUGCGCAUUUGUCCCCAUUUCCAGUUCCACCUAGUGCAAUUCUACCCCCAGUAUUGCAUUUGAAUGGAAGCACCAAAUUGAUGCAGUCUUUCCCAAGUGCUCAGCAGGAUCCUCAAUGGACUCAAAAUGUGUAUCAGAUUCCAUCUCAUAUUCCUCAAUCUUCACCACUUUCACCUGGACAAGGAUCUUCCAGAGGCCUAGUUUGGCUACCAUCUCAUGCUGGGGUGAGGGGUGUUCAACCUACUUCACAGCCGUACCUACCCCUAUCAUCUCCCAUGAUGUAUGCACAUGCUUUGGGACCAGUUGCAUAUACAUCGUCAGCCCUAGUCCCGUCUCUUCCAUCUCUACCUCCUCAAGUACCUGCACCCCUUCCACCUUCCUCUCUACUAGGCGCCCCCUAUGCUUGUGUUAUGAAUCAUUCUGCUAUUCUCCUUCCUUCCACUCACAUUAAUCAAUUUUCGUUCAAUCCAAGUUCAAGACCAGGCCUUCUUGAUAGUAUGAGAAACACAGGUGUAUCUCUGUUAAAUACUGAUUCAGACGUUGAUAUGGAAGAUGAUAUGACUCAUAUUAAUGAGGAACAGGCCAUUCACGCGAACCUAGAUGAACCAGAGAUGCAGGAUCACCCUGCAGAUGAUCGUUUCUCUGUACAAGUCGAUGAGCCUGAAGAUGACAGUCCUCCGCUGUUAAGCAACGAGUCAAAUUCGAUAAGCGGAGAAGAAUCUUAUCAUGAGCACAUUCACAGUGAUAGAAAUUCCACUGCUCCGGAUGUUAAGAUUAGUGCAAUCAAAGCAGAUAAAAGAAACAAGAAUGGAAGCUUUGAUUCAGGAAAACAUUUCAAGGCUGCAGUAGUUAAAUUUGUCAAAAAGGUCCUCAAACCUUUUUGGCGAAAUUGUGCCAUGACAAGAGUGGUUUUCAAGAUAAUAGUCCGGAAAACCGUUGAUAAGGUCUUGGGUUCUCUGAAACCACACCAUAUACCAAGCUCACAAUUACAGAUCAAGCGCUAUAUUAAAUUGUCGCGGAGUAAAUUGACCGCUCUUGUGAUGGGUUACGUUCACAAGUAUGUCAGAGCUUAAAUAUGGACACAGGUUAUAAUGUGGGAGUGUCAUGGGAAGUGAAACAAACAGCACAUGUUGCAAGAAACGGCAGAUAUUGUCCAAGGGAUUGCAAAGCAUUGCACCCUUUGUGUUGACAGGUAUGACUAUGUAUAGAGCAUGCGUGGGACGGACAAAAUAUACAACGCGUCAGCUCUUAUCGGUUCAGCGGAUUAGGUCGCACCUACCUGUGUGCGAUUAACUUCUGUGGUUGCCUCCAUUGUUACCAGGUUCAGCGAUCAGCAGUCAAUCUAGUAGGUGAGAUAGAAAGAGGUAUGACUAAUAUUCUUAUCAGUGAAAUCACAGAUUCCCUAAGCUUGCUCAAUUUGGAAGUGGAACAGUAGCUAUUAUUCAGCAGAACACGUGACAACUCAAGAUCCAUGGCAUAGUACCCUCAGGCCCUCUAAUUUCUCAUUGACGUAAUUUCUUUUUAUAUUUAUAUAUUAUAAUUCAAAUAUGCAGGACAGUUUCAGAUCUUGUUUCUUGUAAGCAUGAUAUUAGCGAGUUUGGUAAGGUUGUGCUACUGGAUGCAUGUUCAUGCCUCUUCAGUGAAUGUUGCAGAAUCGAUCUUCAAUGUUUUCAUUUGAUUACCUAACCUUCAGGGGGACGGCUGUAUCAAUUUCUUUGUAUAAGUUUCCUUUUAAUUUUGGAACAAUGUUUUUUUGUGCAAACAUCACUGACGGUUGUAUCAAUUUCUUUGUAUAAGUCUUCUUUUAAUUGUGGAUCAA